AUGGACUCCGCCGCGCUGCGUACGAUAACCCUCGACCACCGCCAGUACUUUGUCGCCGCGAGUGCCGUGCCCGGCGGCGGCGUCCAAGUCGCACUCACCGACGGCGCCGACUCCUGGAGUGGCACUCUCCCCGCGUCGGAACUGACACCACCAAACCGCAUGGACGCUGCAGACUAUGCGAGGCGUCUCCGUGACGGGCUGCUCGGCCGCGCAUCGGCAGUGGGCGACCACCUCGAGCUCGAGUUGGUGCCGCCAAGCGAGCGCAAGCUGGUCUGGCGCGCCUCUGCGAUCCGGCUGCCUGCGGAAGGGUCACCCGGCGAGACAGCGCGGGCGAUGGCGGCGCGUUUGGCCCGACACGUGAGCGAACUGCAGGCGGAAGUGGAGGACGGCGACGAGGCGGAGCGCCGGCUGGCGGACGAGGCGGGACAGGUCCACGCCCUGCGCGCCGGCGUCUUGUGCGCCCAAGCCGAGGCGGUUCCCGAGGCGCGAAAAGCCAUGAUGGAAGCACUCAACCGCAUUAAGUUGCGCUGCUCGCGGCUCGAUGCCGCGCUCGAGCGAUACGAGCGCGGCGGCGACUCAUUUGGAGCGCUCUCCGAGGCCGAGGGGAGUCCCUCCGAGAGUGACCACGAGUCGGGAGGCGGCGCCGCGAGAAGGGAGGGGGUGCGGGGCGGCGGCGCGGGCAGCCUCAAGCGCCCCGCCUGCACCGGCCAGACCAGCAAUAAGCGGCCCGCUACACUUGCAAACGAGACGGCGGCCGCGGCAGCAGCACGACCAGCAGACCUUGCCAUGAGCGAGUCUCUCGCAGACAUGCUAUGAGACAUCGCUCUGAAAUCGCGUUCGCGAGUAGGUGUAGACUAGAUGUGCGUUUCAAA